UCAAGUCUCUCAGACUGACUAACAGCUGUCAGUCGUUUGUCUUCAUUAUUAUCAUCCUCUGGAUCACUGAACAGAAAUAAAGACUUGUCUUCCUCCCUGGAAGUUUCACUUUGGACUCUUCAGAAUGCAUCAGCUGGGGUUGUUAAGGGGAGUGUUGCUGUUUUGUUGUGCAGCAGCAUGUGAGUCUGCUAUGGUGAGAGAGUACUUCCUCAGGAUAGAGGAGGUGUCUUGGAACUAUGCUCCAACUGGGAAGAACGUUAUUCAAAACCGCACUCUGCAGGAGGAUGAAGAGGCUGCAGUGUUUUUACAGCGAGGCCCCCAGCGUAUCGGCUCCACCUACAAGAAGGCUGUGUAUAAACAGUACAGCGACGCCACCUACAGGACAGAGGUGGUUAAGGCGGCCUGGCUGGGCUACCUGGGACCCCUGUUGAUGGCUGAGGAGGGAGACACAUUGAUCAUCCACCUGAAGAAUGCAGCAUCCAGACCUUACAGCAUCCACCCACAUGGACUGAACUACAGCAAGGGCAAUGAGGGAGCUAUGUACCCAGACGGUACUGGUCCAGAGCUGAAACGUGACGACUCGGUUGCGGCUGGUGCAAGUGUGACAUAUAUGUGGACCCUCCCAGAGAGCCACAGCCCAACAGCAGAGGACAGAAACUGCAUGACCAGAUUCUACCACUCCCACCUCAACACGCCAAAAGACAUCAACACAGGACUGUUAGGGCCGCUCAUCGUCUGUAAGAAAGGAGCUCUGGACUUACAUGGAGACAGGUCAGGGGACUAUCUGUAUGCUCUGCUGUUCAUGGUGUCAGAUGAAAACUUCAGCUGGUACCUGGAUGACAACAUCAGGACACACAUUACAAGUCCUGCCAAAGGCCUGAAGGAGGAUGAGGAUUUCAUUGAGAGCAACAAAAUGCAUGGUAUAAACGGUUUUCUGUAUGGCAACCUUCCUGGAUUGAGCAUGUGCCAAGGCAACACAAUCCACUGGCAUAUGUUUGCCUUAGGCAAUGAGGUGGAUAUGCAUUCAGUUCAUUUCCACGGCCAGAUCCUGACUGUUCAGAACCACCACACAGACACAGUGAGUCUUUUCCCUGCCUCCAGCACUACAGCUGAAAUGGUAGCAGAUAACCCCGGACACUGGCUGCUGAGCUGCUCUGUCAAUGACCAUUUUAUGGCUGGAAUGCAGGCUAUAUUUGAGAUCAAGAAGUGUUUUCCUAAUGUCCACAAGCCACGGCCACAUGGUGAGCUUAGACCGUACUUCAUUGCUGCUGAAGAAGAAGUCUGGGACUACGCUCCUACGCUUCCUUCUGAUGGUGAAGCAGAGAAGUUUGUAACCAAAAGUCAGAGCCGUAUUGGAAGCCGUUAUAAGAAGGUUCGCUAUGUGGAGUAUACUGACAACACCUUCACAACAAAGAUGCUCCGCAGCCCAGAGGAGCAACACCUUGGAAUUCUGGGUCCUGUGCUGCGAGCUGAAGAGAAGGACACUAUCACAGUGGUGUUUAAGAACAAAGCCAGCCGGCCUUAUAGUAUGCAACCACAUGGUGUUCAGUACAGUAUAGAGCAUGACGGGACGCUCUAUCACAAUGAACUGGAAGAGUCACAUACAGCAAAGAAAUUGAGGGAGCUAAAAAGGGAACCAAGGGUGGUGACGCCUCUUCCAGCUGCUCUGGUCAAACCUGGGACGAUGCACACCUAUGAGUGGACGGUGCCAGUGGGUGCUGGUCCCGUACAAGGGGAGGCUGACUGUCUGACGUAUCUGUACUACUCUGGAGUGGACCCAGUUAAAGACACCCACUCUGGACUGGUUGGACCUCUCCUCAUCUGCCGUCCUCGAUCACUGAAGAAAGGAGUACAGAAAAACUAUAACAAAGAGUUUCACCUCCUGGCCACAAUAUUUGAUGAGAACCUGAGCUGGUACCUGGAUGACAACAUUAACUCCAUCAACCCUCGUCCAAUUGCUCUUAACAAGGAGGAUGAAGGCUUUAUAGAAAGCAACAAGAUGCACGCCAUCAAUGGCUAUAUUUAUAGGAACCUCCCCGGCCUGACCAUGUGUAAGGGGGAUAAAGUGACGUGGCACGUGUCAGGACUGGGUUCAGAGACUGACAUCAUCAGCCUUUACUUCCAAGGAAACCGAUUCAUCUACCGCCAGAACAGACGAGACACCAUCAGUGUCUUUCCUCACAUCUCACACACUGUCACUAUGGAGCCAGACAGCAUGGGUCAGUUUGAAGUGGUGUCAGCUACAGUGAACCAUUAUCGUAGUGGGAUGAGAGCCAACUACACGGUACAAAAGUGCAGCUUGUUACAGCGUCAGGGUGAGAUUAUGCUCCACUCAAAAACCUACUACAUCGCUGCAAUGGAAAUGGACUGGGACUACUCUCCAAACCGCACCUGGGAGACGGAGAUGUUCCGCGGUCAGGAGAGCCCUGCUACUGUCUUCCUGGACAAGCAGGGUGGGUUUAUAGGUUCCCGUUAUAAAAAGGUGGUCUACCGCCAGUUCACCAAUAACAAGUUCACCAAGCAGGUGGAUAGAGCAGCCGACAUGGAACACCUCGGCAUUAUGGGUCCAAUGAUUCAUGCUGAUGUGGGAGACAAGGUGACGGUGGUUUUUAAAAACAUGGCGUCCAGACCUUAUUCUAUUCACGCCCAUGGAGUCAAGACAGAAAACCCACAAGUACAUGUCACCCAACCAGGUGAGACUCACUCCUACCAGUGGUAUGUUAACAGUAACACAGGACCGACUGCAGAACAGGAGACGUGCUCUGUGUCAGCAUACUACUCCACUGCUGAUGUUACUAAGGACCUGUACAGCGGUCUGAUUGGUCCGUUGGUAAUCUGUGGUCGGAGCUGGGGCAGGACUCUUGGUGUGAAGAAGGAAGCAGAAGAGUUUGCGCUUCUGUUCCUGGUAUUUGAUGAGAAUGAAAGCUGGUAUCUGGAUGAAAAUAUCCGGACCCACAUCAGAAACCCUCGCACAAACUUGAAGGAUGAUGAAACCUUUAUAGAGAGCAACAAGAUGCACUCCAUUAAUGGUUAUAUGUAUGCCAAUCUGAUUGGUCUGAACAUGGAGGUGGGUGAUAAGGUGUACUGGUACCUGAUGGGAAUGGGCAAUGAGGUGGACAUACACACGGCACACUGGCAUGGGCACAGUGUAGAAUAUAAGCUGGGUGGAGGACCUCAUCGUACUGAUGUGUAUGAGCUGUUUCCAGCCACCUUCCAGACAGUAAAAAUGCGUCCUCAGUAUCCUGGUACCUGGCUGCUCCACUGUCACGUCACUGACCACAUUAAAGCAGGCAUGGAGGCAAUGUAUACCGUUACUGAGAAAGCAAAGAAGAGAGGAAUCUUUGGCUGAACAGUUGACAAAAAUGGAUUCAGAGAGAAAACAGCAGAGACAAGCAAAAUUUUCAUUUCAGUACCCAAUUCACUAAAUGCUGUUUGUAAAAUCUGCUUAAUAUGAACAGCUACUGAGAUAAUUACAGCUCAGAAGAAAAACAUCAGAAUCCAAGUCUUUUAUAUUUAAAAUGUACAUUUUUAAUAUGAUCUUACUGCUAAUGAUAUUAAUAUUUUCCAAAUGACAAAGAAGACUGAAAAAUGCUGAAAUUAAAACCUGAAAGAUAAUAACAGUUUUAUAGCUCUCUAUGUGUGUCCUGAAAGGACAGAAGUCAGACAGCAGGGGGCACUAUAGUCUGACAGUACAUUGUCAUUGCAUUGUUAGCGGGAACAAUAUAAUUUGUCUCACUAGUGAACAUUGUUGUUUGCAGCAAAGUGACAAUGACUUAAACUCAUCUAUAGGGAAAAUCUGUGUCCUGUGGAAGAGCCUUUGACUGUUUACAGACAGGAGGUAGGGAUGAACUGAAUUUUGAGCACAGAAAAAAACUGUUUUUUGGCUGUGGUCCUCGUAAAAGCUUAUUCAUCCAUGAUUUGCUGGACUGCGUCUCUUUCAUGUAAUGUGAUGGUCUGACCUCCUAAAAACAUGGUAC